CCAGGUGUGACGCUUGUGCCUGCAGCAUCAGCUCUAUCUCCUGAGGAUGAAGUGGCCCAGGUGAAGCACAGGCCAGGCCCAAUGGCCAGCUCGGGGACUGAGGUCCACUGGGCUGAGCCGGGCCUGGAGAAGGGGCCCCAGCGGCGGCGGCGGCGCUGGGCCUGGGCUGAGAAGAAGGAUACUGAUGGGAUUGGUCCCCACGCAUGGGCAGAAGAAGGGCCCUUUCCCAGUGCUACCAGCCCUGAGCUGCUGGAGGACUUCCGCCUGGCCCAGCAGCGUCUGCCUUCUCUGGAGUGGGACCCACAGGCUGGUGGACAGCAGGACUCUGAAUGCGGAGCGUCUGCAGAAGAGGAGAUCGAAACAGAAGAUGUGGACAGCCCAGAAAGUGCCACUGCCACCUUGCCUCUCUACUGGUUUCCCCAGCAGGAGUCUCCAUCAGACAUGACUGAAGAAGAGCAGGAUGAGAGCCCUCAGGAGGCGGAGGACACUGGAGAGAGCGCCCCAAGGUUGGGGUUUCAGGCGAGUCUCAGCUCAGAAGAUGACAGAAGCCCCAGCUCUGCAGCUCUAGGAAAGGGGAAGGUCAGGGGCGCGGUGGCCUCUGACAAUGUAGUCAGUGGAGACAAGCUCUCAGAGAAUUCUGAGUUCAGCCCAUCGGUUGAUCUCUGCCCUGCAAGGUCCUGGAGCAGUGGGACAGUGAGCCUCGGCCACCCCAGUGACAGCCUUGAUUCUACCUGGGAAGGAGAGACCGAUGUCCCCCAGCCCAGUUCCCUGGAAAAUUCCUUACCACAGAACCCCAGCCGUCACACCCUAAAUCCAGAUGACAGAACUAGAGGAAGUGUUGCUCAGGCAACCCCCACAGAAUUCCAUGGCUCCUCAUCACCCCCACCUCAGAGCCUCCCAUGUCCCGAAAGUGGAUGGAGAGAGACUGCCAGCUUCUCCCACCCUCAGCCCCGAGAAGACCCUUGGAAGCGGACAAAGAUACCCCCUAAGCCACUCCCUUCCCGGUUCACUGGUACCCUCACCCCCUUGAAUCCUCAGGCUCGGCCUGCCCAGAAGGACAGGCUGCCCAGGCAGAGACCCACUCUGGCUGGCCGCUCUUCCUCUGAUGCCUGCAAGUAUGGCCGAGGACGGCUGAACUACCCACUCCCAGAUUUCUCCAAGGUGGGACCUCGAGUGAGGUUCCCGAAAGAUGAGAGCUACCGACCCCCCAAAGCCAAGAGUCACAGCUGGCAGCCUCAGGACCCUGCAAGGCCCUUGAUCUUCAAGUCACCAGCAGAGAUAGUGCGGGAGGUGUUGCUGAGCAGCGAAGAAGCCCUCGCAGCCAAGGACCCUCCUCCCACCCACCUCAUCACCACAGUCCCCCAGGAGUUCCAGACACCAGAACAAGCCACCAAGCUAGUCCACCAGCUCCAGGAGGACUACCACAAGCUCCUCACCAAGUACGCGGAGGCUGAGAACACCAUUGACCAGCUGCGCCUCGGGGCCAAGGUGAACCUGUACUCGGACCCCCCUCAGCCCAGUCAUAGUGUCCACGUGGGGACAGUGUCCCAGGGGAGCAAAGUCUUGUCCUUCACCAUUCCUCAGCCCCGCACAGCGGAGUGGCAGCCAGGCCCCACAGAAACCUCUCGGGCCUGUGAGGUCUCGGGGUGGCAGUCUUCCCAGCAAGGCCAGAGCCCCUCCUCACCCACCAGUGCCUCCAGCCCAGGGUGGCCUCCUGGGAGCCAGGGUGUCACGAAGGACCAGCCCUCAGUGGAGCAGACUCACACACUGACUUCUCAAACCAGCCAGUUCCUGGCCAAGGUGGAAUCCUUUGAAAGCCUGGUGUCCGCAGGACAUCUCACACCGCAGGAUCAGCUCAAGGGCUUCCAGGGACUGAAAGCUGCCCACGCAGCCCUCGAGGAGGAGUACCUGAAGGCCUGCAGGGACCAACACCUGGCUGAGCAGCCUGCCAGCUCUGAGGGGAAACCAGGGAAAUUCGAUCCUGGCAGGGAGCUGGCAGCAGAGAUAUUCCAGCUGGGAAAUCGUCUGGAAGAAUUCAAGGACCGCUUAGAUUGGCACCAGCAGGAGCCUGAGCGAACAGAGCCAGACUCCACACUGGACAGCACGCUGGCCUUACCUACCCCUGGCCACCUAUCCAACCUGCCUUCUCCUUCCAUCCAAGCCCUCACACCAGCCAUCCGGAACCCCUACCCUGAGCCCCCCACUACUGUGACUGAUCCCUGCUCUUUGCACGUGGACGUGGACGUGAGCUCUGUAAGCGGGGAGCUGGAGGGCAGGUUCCAGACCCCGCUCAGGCACAAGGAACUGCAGAUGGAGCAAGAUUUCCAUGGCCUCCUGAAGCGGUACAUCAGCAUGAAGUCCCUUCCGGAAGCCAUGAUGGUAGAGGAAGAGGAUGAGGAAGAAGAGCAAAGGCAUUCCCCAGGAGCAGAUGGGCUGACUCUACCUGCAGGGAAAGGAGAGGCCACCAGGUUCACCUCCAAACAGCUCCAGAGACAGGCUGAGAGAAGUCAUGGUUCCCCACUCAGAGAGCCCGUGGAGAGGAUGGUGUCUCUGAAGCCAUCAAGUUUACAGAAAUCCAUGCCUCGAGAUAGACGCCCUCCAGGCCUGGGCAAUACCAAGAAAGACCCUCCAGGCCCUGGCAUGCCAGACCCCCCUCAGGCCACCAAGUCUACAGUGUCGCACCAGAGCAGUAUGGCCAGUUUGGCGGGAAGUGGCAUCUCUGAACGCCUUCCCCAGAAGUCUCUCCGCCAUGCUGCUGUGACCCACCUGGAGGAGCCCUGGAUGGCAUCCCCGGAGACAGACAGUGGCUUUGUGGGCUCAGAAACCAGCAGAGUGUCACCCGUCACUCAGACCCCAGAGCACCGCCUCUCCUACAUCAGCACCCCAGGGACUUCAUCCCAGUCAUUCACUGCAUCUGUGCCCCAGGAUGGAGCCUCCCACUCCCAGACCAGGGUUCCUCAGGCCUCCAGAACUGCUACCGAGCCCAACACACCCAAAAGCCAAGGCCAGAGGCACCUCUCCAGCACGGGCAAUCCCCACCAGCAGAAGGCGCCCAGCUUUCACCCAGAGCGGGCAUUAGUGGGAGAGACGGGCCCAUCUUUGGAGUUCAAGGGGAGAAGGCGAAUUUCUGAACAGCGUCACCCCAGCCAAGCACUUAACCCAUCCCCCACCUCAGCACAUGCAGCUGCCCCACCGACCCCCAGGCCAACAGAAACCACCCCCAGCUUCCUUAUAACCAGGACAGGCCGAGACCAGGCCAUCCGAGAGCUGCAAGAGGAGGUGUCCCGGCUUCGCCUGCAGCUGGAGGACAGCCUGCACCGGCCAUCGCAGGCCAGCCUGACGCUCCCAGCAUCCUCCUCUACCCGCCCCACCCGGGCCCGGGAUCGCCUAGCAGAUUCCUCAGUUGCGGGGGGCACCCACUCUGGCAGUAAAUCCACAGAGAGGUUGUCUUCUGAGCCUGAAGGUGCAGAGCAAGCCGUCUUCACAGGCAGGAGGCGAGCCCGGUCUUCCUCAGUGCCUCGGGAGGUGUCCCACCUGUCCCUAACCUCUGAAUCUGAACCAGCCUCCCCCCAACUCUUCUCUGAGAAGAGCAGGACUACCAAGGACAGCUCACGGACAGCUCGGGACAGAGAGAGAGGAAGGGACAGCAGUGGAAGGCCAGACAGAAUCACCUUCCGGGGCCACUACACAGGGCAAGAGUACCAUAUCUUGUCCCCCAAGACUGGCCAAAGGGACAGCGACACAACUUCCUGUCCCCACUGCCCGCCUGUUAGGACCCAGGACCUAGAUGGUGCUGCCACCAGGGACCCACUAGAGCCAUCUCUGGUCGAUACGCCCCGGUGUCCCAUGUGUCAUCAAGUCGUCUCUCCCUCUGAGAGGGACAGCACAGACCCAGCCACCUCUGGAGCAGAAAAGCCUGCCACAAGGAGAAAUGCGCCUUCCUCCUCCAGUCCCAAGCAGCGGAGCAAGCAGGCUGGGUCUCCAUCGCGGCCACCCCCUGGGCUGUGGUACCUGGCAGCUGUGCCCCCAACACCGGCCUUUGCCUACGUCUCAUCAGUGCCUGCCACACCUUACCCACCAGCCACUGUGUACUAUGUCCCCCAAAGACCUACCUCAGCCCGAGUAGCCGAAGAGUGGCCCCCGACGGCCUCUUCCCGGCCAACUGCAGGACGCCGACACUCCGUCCAGCUAGACCUGGCCGGCCUGGAGGAGCUCAACCGGGCACUGAGCCGAGCUGUCCAGGCCGCCAAGAGUGUCCGCUCCACCACCAAGCAGAUGAGCCGCUCCCUGUCGGCCGACCUUCGCCAGGCCCAGGGCCUGCGGGGCUCCUGCCUCUUCUGA